ACGCAAAAAUGUUGUAACAGUAGAAAUGUCAGAAAAUGACAUCUGCCAAAAUUCCAAAAACAAAAAGGAAUUUUAUGUCUGGUUUUAAAACAUUUAAUUUAUUAUUUUAGUGUGAAUUAAUAAAAAAACCAAGGUUUUUGAAAGAAUGAAUAUAACUAUGAAGUCUUGGCCCCUGAUGAAGUAUGUUCCACGCACUUGUGGGACCACCCGUAGUGUAAUUCGUUGCAUAACGAAUAAUACUGAAGAUGUUACCACUCACACAGGCCAAAAAUGGGAGUCUGAUGAUUAUAGACUUGCUAGAUUUAGUCUGGCUCCAAAGCAAGUUAACCCUAACUGGGCUAUUAAAUUAAUUGAAGAAGUACCUCCAAAGGAAACAACAGACAGAGUGGUAUGGUGUGAUGGAGGUAGCGGCCCUGAAGGUCAUCCUCGAGUAUAUAUUAACUUGGAUAAACCUGGAAAUCACUCUUGUGGAUACUGUGGACUGAGAUUUGUCAAAAAGGAUCACCAUUAGAUUGCACUACAUUUGAACUGCUUAGUCAUAUUUAAUAGAAUUUGUUCAAAAAUGGUAUCAAUAAAAGAAAAGUUUAAAUAA